AUGUCAAACCAAUCUAGCAUACACUCGGAUAUCAACAUUUUCCAGUACGAGCGCCGACAAGCUGAGUUACGAUCCCACGCGAAGGCUGCAGCUGCGGCUUCUGCCGAGGCCAAAAGUCGACCAGCCGCACUGUACGGUGGGAGGGUCGCAUCUCAUCUACCCUACGGCGGUCUCGCAGCGCAAAGGCAAUUUGGCGAGAACGACGGACAAAAACAUAGCAUGUCACCGUGCGACCACACGGGUGCCGGAGACGUCCGAGCAGGUCCUUCAGCACAUGUCAAUGAUGCUCAAGACGGCCCUACUUCGAUCAAACCUUCCGCCUCUCAGAAUGAAACCAACUUUGGCGCUGGGCCGAACCCUGCAGACGCCACUUGGCUUGGUCGAAUGCUGGCGGAGAGCAUGCUCGCAUGCUUCGCGAGCGCUAGCGGGAGCGAGAAUGGGCCAUCACCUUUCCCUGCCAGUCAGAGUGUGCCGCCUCGACCCGGAGUAGACGGCUUGAGACAGAUUUCGGCGCUGCAGACCGCCCUCAACAGGCGACUCGGUCCCGAGUAUAUUCAGACACGAGCGGGCUACGGCACUGGUGGUGAGUGGUACUGCUUGGCAGUAUGUCUCGCAGGUUGACUUAGGGGAGGACUCAUGAUCUUGUAGGAAAGAAGCUGUCGUACCUAGAGGGCUGGAAAGCCAUUGAUUUGGCCAACGAGGUGUUUGGCUUCAAUGGCUGGUCUACCUCCAUAGUGCGGAUGGAUACGGACUUUUGCGACGUCGACAACGAUGGGAAAGUGAGAAUCGGAAUGUCGUGCAUCAUCAGAAUCACCCUUCGCGAUGGGACCUUCCAUGAAGACGUUGGGUAUGGUGCGAUGGAAGGAAGCAAAAACAAGGGGCAAGCUUUCGAAAAGGUGCGUGUAUGCUGAGGUGCCAGCAAGAGCUAAGUGUUGGGCGCACUCACGAAAAACCGUCACUCGGAAUGCAUCAGGCACGGAAGGAAGCGACGACGGAUGCGUUCAAGCGAGCUCUGAGAUCGUUUGGCAGGAUGGUGGGCAAUUGUCUGUACGACAGAACUUUUACCGACCAGCUCGCCAAGCAGGAGAAGGCGGCACCAGCUACGUAUGACAUGAGCGACCUCAAAAGAGCGCCAGAUCCCGGAGCGCUCAAAGCGGCUCGCGAACAACAAGCAGCAUACUUUGCGGAGUAUGACAAGCAACAAAUGGCAAGGGCAAGCCCCAUCGAUCAGAGUAAUGAGAGCUCGAGGAGUGCUGCGCAACUUAUGGGUCCACCUCCUGUGCCGGCUAACCGCACCAAUAAGCCCAUCAGCGCAGCAGCGCCUCAGGCCACUUCGCUAUCUCGCGCACAGACAAUGCCUAGACAAGAAGCGCCGCAACGUCAACGAGCAGUGCGCGAACCCGAGCGGCCUCUGCAACACGACUCCAGCAGUGCAGAUUCACGCGUGCGAUCCGAAUCGCCAGACAAGGGCCGUGCCGAGCGCUUAGCCCUUGCAGCGCAAAAGCAGGAAGACCAUCGCUUGCGCCGGUCGAAGAGUUUGGCGCCUAUUGGACAGAAGCCUAUUAAAUCUCCGGAAAGUCAACGAAUGCAGCAAGAUGUCUCUGAAAUGGGCACGGCCUCCAGACAAUCUUUCAAAGCACAUGCCCCUGAUGAGCUUCGUCGUCCUACGACUGCUCAGAUGAUGAGCGAUGUUGGGGACGCAGAGAUGUCGGAAGCGGUGGCGCUUGCCGAACAGAGACUGGAACAACGUCCUCCACCUCAAUGGUCAGAAGUCACAAAUGUGCCGAUGGACGGUGCAAUGGAUCACAUUGCGGAUGGGGAUCACUUGAGCGAGUAUGGCGAUUUGGAGGACGACGAUGCAGCAGCUGCUGCCAUGUACUUGGAAUUAGCGGCAGAAGAAGAAGCGGAACAGUCUGAGCCAUACCAGGUCCGAGGCCCUUUCCGUCCCGUCCAGCCGCCGCAACAGCAGCGGCAGCAGCAGCAGCAGCAGCAGUCGGAACAGCGAGCACGCUAUAGCGUCGCGUCCAUUCAAGCACAGAGAGCGCACGGUAUGGAUUGCGAUGACAGCGGUGUGGCAGGUCUGCAAGACUACAGAGCAGCUAUGGAUGUCAAGAGGGAAAAAAUCGAAUCGGUCACGUCUCCUGAUCGACGACCUUUUCUGCCCACUCAUCAACGCGGACUCAGUGGCGCGGGCGCGAGCAAUGCUCCUCCAGGCAACCCUAGCGGUCCGAUGAUGAGAAGAGCACCCAGCAAAGGUCAUUUUGUGGGCGCACAGUCCAACGUUGGGUCGUCGAGGUUCCAAGCAGAGGUGAGUAUCGGGCACGUCAUUAACGUGUUGCUUCAUGUUCCAUUCUGACAGCGUCCCGCCCAACAGACCUCUGUGGGUGGCUCAGCUGCAUCGAAGCCAGCAGUAGGAAUGUCUACUCAAAAAAGCUCUCCAAAUCGCUCGCUACAACGCAGAGCGGCGACAUCCAUCGUCAGGGGUCGACCAGCGGCGCGCGUGGGCAACUUGAAUCUCGAGCCAUCAAACGGUAGCGCGAUACCUGAAGCAGCGCGCUCUUCAACGUCUACUCGGGCCGACGGGCAGCCUGUGCGUCAUGCCUAUGUGGCACCAAACACUGGCUUCGGCCGACCUGUCGUUGCGCCGCUAGACGCAAAGUAUGCGGAGCAACAAGUGCGCAACCAGCAGCAUCGAGAGCGGCAAGGCGGAUUCGUGGCUGGUCCGCACCAAGCAUGGAGCGGAGGCAGAAAGCCUCUUGGUGAGCUGCCUGUAGAUCGAAGUGGCGCCGUCAAGAGGCAGCGUCAAGAUUGA